GUAUUCCCAGGAGUUGCUUUCUCAUGGUUAUGUAACGGGGAUGGGGCGAUUGAGAAAUGGAAUUGUAAUUGAGUUGUUUUUUUUUUUUUUUUUUUUUUUUUUACAAAUUUUCAAAUAUUUGGAAGUAGUUGGUUUCUAUUAGAUGUAAUCCAUGCUUGUCCACUUCUCUAAAGAGAACCUUCCUUGUCUAUUACAUGGAUGUAAGCUAUGCUUGUCCACUUCUCUAAAGAGAACCUUCCUUGUUUUCCUCUCUGAGAACUUUGUGUUUUUAAUUAUUUAUUUAUCGUUUUCAUUAAUUUUUGCUAUAGUAAUAUCUUAGAUGAUAUACAGUAAUUAUACCUUGAUGAUUUUUUGUUUAAAUCAAGCUUCCACGGGUAGGGGGACAAAAAGUUUGAUGGGCCGAACUUGUCGUGGACCGAAACCCUUCGCACCGAACCCCGAGACAAACCUCAAAGUGAAAGUAGAACAAUGUGGCUGGUAGUACUGGGGUUAGUUGCACCUGUCAGUUUAAUUUGCUGGCUUGGUACCAUAGUAUAUGGCUACGUUUAUAAUGACUCAGUACCGGUCUCGCCGUUAAGAUGGAUGAUGGCCAUAUUGGCACCAGUUGGAAUUGCAAGCUGGGGAUUGAAGAGGAAAAGUCUGGAUCGAUCUGGUGUAAUAGCAGGUCUCGUCGUGGGCUUCAUUCUCACCAUCAGCAAUCUGUGCUUUUUCGCAUCUCUUUUUACGUUCUUUGUCGUGGGAUCAAAGGUCACAAAGUACAAGGCUGACCAGAAGAAAAAACUGGAACAUAACUACAAGGAUGGUGGUCAAAGGAAUUGGGUUCAAGUCAUGUGCAAUGGUGGUAUCGCAGCAAUCUUUGCCGUGCAGUACAUGUUCCAUGUGGGGUGUAAGGAAGUUAUUAUAGACUUUUCUCAUCAGUAUUCCCCAUCCUGGCUAGCUAUGGCCGUCCUCGGAGCUCUUGCCUGUUCAUGCGGGGACACAUUCUCCUCAGAGCUUGGUUCUGUGUUUUCUAGGAAUACUGAACCCAGACUCAUUACAACUUUUCAGAAAGUCCCUCGAGGUACGAAUGGAGGCAUAACUGCGAUAGGAAGUUUUUUUAGUGUAUUAGGAGGAGGAAUUGUAGGCUUGGCUUUUUAUCUCACUCAGAUUUUUCUGCUCAGCGAAUCGUUUUUAAACAAAGGCCCCCCUCAGUGGCCCAUUCUGUUAGUGGGGAUCCUCAUGGGAUAUAUUGGUUCAUUCAUAGACUCGUUCUUAGGAGCAACAAUUCAGUACUCAGGAUAUGAUAGGAGGCGAGGAUGCGUUGUUGAACAUUCGGGGAGUGAUAUAGACUAUAUUUCUGGUAUGGAGCUUUUAGACAAUCACAGUGUUAACUUACUGUCAUCCCUGAUAUCCGCCCUUAUAACACCGAAAUUAGCUUUUGAAGUAUGGCGAUUAUGUACUUGAGAAAGUGAAUGUGACUUUGCUUUUUAUCAAAAUAAUAAAUACAACUACUAGAAAAUAUAGAAUUUGAUACCUUUUACACAUGUAUAUAGUGUACAUAGUUAAACUCGAAAGCUUGUAAGUAUUUUAUUGAAAUAUUCUGUAUUACGUACGUGUGAUUGAGAGGUAAAUAUACACAUGUUAUGUAACUGUAAGGGGGUAGUGCAACCAACAGCCAGCAGGUAGUGCAACCAACAGCCAGCAGGUAGUGCAACCAACAGCCAGCAGGUAGUGCAACCAACAGCCAGCAGGUAGUGCAACCAACAGCCAGCAGGAUCAGACUGGCUUUAUUAUAAGUGCUGGCAUCAAUAUGCAGAAUUGUGAUUUUAAUUCCAGAAUCAAAUAAAUAACAUUUAUUACA